GUCUAUUCUAAUAUAAGAUGAACGUGGCUGAUCGGUCCAGCCUCCGUCCCAUUUCUUCCAAUACUACAGUCUCCUAGCAAGCCAGUUAAUAUACGACGUUCCAUUGGAUUCAACUCGCUUAUUCCAUAUUACAGCCUGAAUAUAGGUAGCAAUACGAUCUGGCCACAAUGUCAGAUACUAAUUGCCCUUUUGGGAACGGAUCUUGCAUCCUUGUUCAAUCCAUGCAAAUCAAGAUUAACCGGCAGGGUCUAAGGAUCUUGUACGAUGCAUUUAACCAGCAUAUAACAGCCAUCCCCAUGCACUCUAUUCACCAUCAACAUCGACAAAAUGGCCGAGAAAGACACAGCCAGCGUUGCGCAAGUCCACGAUGACCCGCAAAUCGUCGGGGUGAACAAUGCUGCCCUUGCGGUGGCCAUGCACCGGCAGAAGCCAAAGUUGUUAACGAAGCGCAUGUUCAAGCUCUACUGGUGCAUUGCCGUGGCGAUUCUCAAUUCGUGUAUUAACGGCUACGAUGGCUCGCUCAUGGGCUCGAUCAACUCCUAUCCCCAGUAUCGCGAGUACUUUGGCUUCGAUCCAACCGAAGGAACACCAUCGACGGGCAUUGUGUAUGCUAUUUACAAUGUCGGGAAUAUCGUGGGCUCCUUUACCGCUGGUCCCUUUACCGACUUUAGAGGCCGCCGCGUCGGCAUGGCCCUCGGCUCCAUCUUCAUCAUCAUCGGCACCAUCGUCCAAGCAACCUGCACCAACCUAGGCGCCUUCAUGGGCGGCCGAUUCCUUCUCGGCUUUGGCGUCGCAACCUCCGCCACCGCCGGCCCAGCAUAUGUCUCUGAAAUGGCGCAUCCAGCCUACCGCGGUGCAAUGACGGGCAUCUACAACGUCCUCUGGUUCGGGGGCGGCAUCCCGGGAACGUUUAUACCGUGGCGCACGAGUCGGAUCGAGGGGACGAUGAGUUGGAGGAUUCCGAUUUGGUUGCAGAUGGUGUUUGCGGGGUUGGUGUUGAUUUUUAGUAUCACGUUGCCUGAGUCACCUCGUUGGCUUAUUUCUCAGGAUAAACACGAACAAGCACUGGAUGUUCUGGCUGAGUAUCACGGCGAGGGAGAUCGCAACUCGCCUAUCGUCCAGCUGGAAUACCGGGAGAUGGUGGAUGAUAUCUCCACGACCGGCUCUGACAAACGCUGGUGGGAUUAUCGCGAGUUGUUCAACACUCGAGAAACUCGAUACCGAUCAAUGCUGGUGCUAUUCAUGGCCUUCUUCGGCCAAUGGGGCGGCAAUGGCCCUGUCUCCUACUACUACCCCCAAAUGCUCGCCGGCGCAGGCAUCACGAGCCUCAACACCCAACUCCUCCUCCAAGGUCUCCAAAACGUCGUACAAUUCCUCGGCGCCAUCUUCGGCGCCCUGAUAACAGACAAAAUCGGACGUCGCACGCAACUCCUCACCGCGACGGCGUUGAUGGUGAUUUUCUUCUCGAUCGUGAUCGCGCUGAACGCAACCAACGUGGUCGAAACGGCGGACGGGGAUAUCGCGAAGAGCGGCAUCGUGGCGAGGGCGCAGAUCGCCAUGAUCUUCCUAUUCGGGUUUGUGUAUUCGGCUGGCUGGACGCCGAAUCAGGCCAUGUAUCCGGUUGAGUGUUUGCGGUAUGAAUCGCGAGCAAAGGGGAUGGGGAUGAGUAACUUCUUCGUGAACAUCGCCUCGUUCUAUAAUACCUUCGUCACGGGGAUUGCGUUUAGUGGUGCUGGGUGGAAGUAUUACUUUCUCUUCAUCUUCUGGGAUAUGUUCGAGUUUGCGAUUAUCUACUUUCUGUUUGUGGAGACGAGCAAGAGAACGCUGGAGGAGUUGACGGGGAUCUUCCAAGCGAAGAAUCCAGUCAAGGCGUCGUUGAAGAAGGCAGAAGUGGUUGUUCAGGGCGAUGAAGCGACGGAGGUUGUUGAGAAGGGUGUGUGAUGUAGUAAUUGAUAUUCAAUCUAUCCUAGAAGCCCGUGCUCAAUAUGACCGUUUGUACGUGGG